CCUUGUCAGCUGUAUCUAUCGUCACCAACUUAUCGCAUAGUCGGCAAGGGAAAAGUGCACAACACUUCGGGUGAAUUACUUCACCAUAAUCCCCUCCCGGUGGGAUAUAUGAAAGUUUCGGUUGACCUUGUAUUAGAUACGGACGCGCUUCUACCAUUACCUGACGUUGUUUCAGAGACAACGUUGAUGCGAGAUGCAGUCGGAUCCUUUGUUGGAUGGCCGUCAGAUCUAAUUUUCCCAGAUGCCGAGACUCCUACAAGACCCACACAUAAAGCUGGUAAAGGGAUUUCAAGACGCAUCGAGUCGGUUGCAUCUCAAAAAGAGGUUCCCGGUCGAAAGUUGAAAAAAGCUGGUAAGGAUAUUCCAACGACGUCCGGGACAAAAUCUCAAAUUAUGAUGCGUCUUGAGAAAAUGGUGGAAGAGUCCGAUAUUAUGCACGGCGCCAUCCGUAGUGUAGAUUUUGAUGAAGGUGUUUUCGGAAUUGCUCAUUCCGAAAUAAUUGCAAAGGAGGACAUGCAACAACUUUUUGAACACGAAGAAUUGGGCAUCUACUUGUCAAUCAAGAUGAUGGAAUGGAUAAUUGUUACUUUUUACUCUGCUGAUGAUAGGUUUUACAUUGACCCAAAACUCAUAAAUCACUUGAAUUCCAAUAGUACCACUACUAAACAAUGUCAAUAUGUCAACCAUGUGUUUGAUAAAAUUCCUUUCUUUAAUUUAUACAUUGUUCAACUUAAAGAAAUCAUGCUGAUGUGUAAAGAGACUUUAGAUGAGAUGGUUGAGAAUGAAACUCUUAGUCCCGAGCCGGCGAUUCAGAUUCUCCUUAACUUCUCUUUCAUUUUCAAGUAUGUUUCGGUGCUGAAAGUUAUUCGGUCGGUGUAUGUUUAG